AUGGCUCUGAGCAAGGGGCUGCGGCUGCUCGGGCGGCUGGGGGCCGCGGGGGACGGCGGCGUCCUGCUGGAGGCGCGCGGCCGCGGGGACUGCCUGCUCUUCGAGGCCGGCACGGUGGCCGCGCUCGCCCCCGAAGAGAAGGAGGUCAUCAGAGGCCAGUAUGGGAAGCUCACCGACGCCUAUGGCUGCUUGGGGGAGCUCAGGUUAAAGUCUGGUAACACGUCCCUGAGCUUCCUGGUUUUGGUGACAGGCUGCACAUCUGUGGGCAGAAUCCCAGACGCUGAAAUCUACAAGAUCACCGCCACCGACUUCCACCCGCUGCAGGAAGACCCCGGGGAGGAGGCCCGGCUCGCAGCCCUCAGGAAGGCCCUCAGCUCGGGCGCCUUCUACUUCUCCUGGCCCAGCGACGGGUCGCGCUUCGACCUCACCGUCCGGGCGCAGAAGCAGGGCGAUGACAGCCACGAGUGGGGGAACGCCUUCUUCUGGAACCACCUGCUGCACCUGCCCCUGAGGCAGCACCAGGUGAGCUGCUGUGACUGGCUGCUGAAGGUCAUCUGCGGGGUGGUGGCCAUCCGCACGGUGUACGCCUCGCACAAGCAGGCCAAGGCCUGCCUCAUCUCACGCAUCAGCUGCGCGCGGGCGGGUGCGCGAUUCCACACCCGCGGCGUGAAUGACGAUGGCCACGUGUCCAACUUCGUGGAGACAGAGCAGACGAUUUACAUGGAUGAUGGCGUGUCGUCUUUUGUCCAGAUCAGAGGCUCCGUUCCACUGUUUUGGGAGCAACCAGGGCUUCAGGUUGGCUCCCAUCAUCUGAGACUCAACAGAGGCCUAGAAGCCAACGCCCCUGCUUUUGACAGGCACAUGGUACUUCUGAAGGAGCAGUACGGGAAGCAAGUGGUGGUAAACCUGCUGGGGAACAGAGGCGGGGAGGAGGUGCUCAACCGAGCCUUCAAGAAGUUGCUCUGGGCUUCUUGCCACGCCGGCGACACACCUAUGAUAAACUUCGACUUCCGUCAGUUUGCCAAAGGCGGGAAGCUAGAGAAGUUCGGGCACCUGCUGCGGCCCCAGCUGAAGCUGCACUGGGAGGACUUCGACGUGUUCGCCAAGGGCGCGGGUGUGAGUCCACGUUUCCAGAAAGGCGCUUUUCGGAUGAACUGUCUCGACUGCCUGGACCGAACCAACACGGUGCAGAGCUUCGUUGCGCUCGAGGUCCUUCACCUGCAGCUCAGGAGCCUGGGGCUGAAUUCAAAGCCCAUCGCCGACCGCUUUGUGGAGUCCUUCAAAGCCAUGUGGUCCCUGAAUGGGCACAGUCUGAGCAAGAUGUUCACGGGCAGCCGGGCCCUGGAGGGGAAGGCCAAGGUGGGGAAGCUGAAGGACGGGGCCCGGUCCGUGUCUCGCACCAUCCAGUCCAACUUCUUCGACGGGGUGAAGCAGGAGGCCAUCAAGCUGCUGCUGGUCGGGGACGUCUACACGGAGGAGUCUGCCGACAAAGAGAGGAUGCUUCUGGAAAACACGGCCCUGCUGGUGACUCCCCGGAUCCUGAGAGCCAUGUGGGAGCGCCAGUCGGAGUUCACGAGCUACAAGCGGAUCCGCAUCGCCAUGGGGACCUGGAACGUGAACGGAGGGAAGCAGUUCAGGAGCAACCUCCUGGGGACGGCCGAGCUGGCAGACUGGCUGCUGGACUCGCCCAGGCCGUCCGGAGCCGAGCCCCCGGAUGACAGCAGCCCAGCUGACAUAUUUGCCGUGGGGUUUGAAGAGAUGGUGGAACUGAGUGCGGGGAACAUCGUCAAUGCCAGCACCACCAACCGGAAGAUGUGGGGCGAGCAGCUGCAGAAAGCCAUCUCGCGCUCUCACAGGUACAUUCUCCUGACGUCGGCGCAGCUGGUGGGCGUCUGUCUGUACAUCUUUGUACGUCCGUACCAUGUCCCAUUCAUCAGGGAUGUGGCCAUCGACACGGUGAAGACGGGCAUGGGGGGAAAGGCGGGGAACAAAGGUGCGGUGGGCAUCCGUUUCCAGUUCCACAGCAGCAGCUUCUGCUUCGUGUGCAGCCACCUGACGGCCGGGCAGUCGCAGGUGAAGGAGAGGAACGAGGACUACAGGGAGAUCACGCAGAAGCUGAGUUUCCCCAUGGGAAGGAGCAUUUUUUCCCACGACUACGUGUUUUGGUGUGGCGAUUUCAACUACCGCAUUGAUCUCACUUACGAAGAAGUCUUCUAUUUCGUUAAACGCCAAGACUGGAAGAAACUUCUGGAAUUUGAUCAGUUACAGCUACAGAAAUCCACCGGGAAAAUUUUUAAAGACUUCCACGAAGGCAGCAUUAAUUUUGGGCCCACCUACAAGUAUGACGUUGGCUCCGCUGCCUACGACACAAGUGACAAAUGCCGCACCCCCGCCUGGACAGACCGGGUCCUGUGGUGGAGGAAGAGGCAUCCUUUCGACAGGACAGCUGAAGAACUCAACCUUCUAGACAACGACCUAGAUGCUGACGCCAAAGUCAGACACACCUGGUCUCCUGGAGUCCUGAAGUAUUAUGGCCGAGCAGAGCUGCAGGCUUCUGAUCACAGACCCGUGCUGGCCAUCGUGGAGGUGGAAGUUCAAGAAGUGGACGUGGGUGCUCGGGAGAGGGUGUUCCAGGAAGUGUCCUCUUUCCAGGGCCCCCUGGAUGCCACCGUCGUGGUCAACCUUCAGUCACCAACCUCAGAGGAGAAAGACGAGUUUCCUGAGGAUGUGCGCACGGAACUUAUGCAGACCCUGGGGAAUUACGGGACGAUUGUUCUCGUCAGGAUCAAACAAGGGCAGAUGCUGGUGACUUUUGCAGACAGUCACUCGGCUCUCAGUGUCCUCGAUGUGGAUGGUAUGAAGGUGAAAGGCAGAGCAGUGACGGUUCGGCCGAAGACCAAGGACUGGCUCAAAGGUCUGCAGGAGGAGAUCAUUCGGAAGCGGGACAGCAUGGCCCCUGUGUCUCCCACGGCCAACUCCUGCCUGCUGGAGGAGAACUUCGACUUCACGAGCUUGGACUACGAGUCAGAGGGGGAUAUUCUCGAAGAUGACGAAGACUACCUGGAUGAACUGAGUCAGCCUGUGGUCUCAGACGGUGAGCUGGGGGGGGACGACGUUUCCGACGCCCCCGGCUCCACAGCGGCAGCGCCACCCAGCAAGUCACCCGCACCAGCCAGAAAGAAGCAACAUCCGACCUAUAGAGAUGAUGCCGCCCUGGAGGAGUUAAAGCAGGAGCUGGAAGCCGCUGGGGCCUGCCACCGGUCUCCAAGUAGGUCUCUGUCGGUUCCCAAUAGGCCUCGGCCACCUCACCCACCGCAGAGACCCCCCCCUCCAACAGGUUUAGUGGUGAAAAAGUCGGCCUCGGAUGUGUCCAUCUCGGGCACCCACGGACAGUACUCGAUUUUGCAGACGGCGAAGCUUCUCCCAGGAGCACCUCAGCAAGCGCCCAAAGCCAGGACUGGGAUAAGUAAACCUUACAAUGUCAAGCAGAUCAAAACCACGAAUGCUCAGGAGGCGGAGGCAGCGAUCCGAUGUCUUCUGGAAGCCAGAGGAGGCGCCCCGGGAGAAGUCCUAAAUGCCACGGCCCUGAGGGACCAGGGGUCCUCCAAACCAGAGCCCAUGGUGGGGGCAGCCCCGCUCCUGCCCCGUCGGCCGGCACCCCGAGUCCCUACCAUGAAGAAGCCAACCUUUAGGAGGACCGGCAAGCACACGUCACCAGAAGAACACUCCGGGCCACAGACUGUCCACUUCACAAUCGGGGCCCCGGAGACAAGCCUCGAAAGCCCUCCUCUUGCCACAGUCCCUCCGGUCCCCAAACCAAGAACACUUCAGCCUGGGAAAGGUGCCGAGAGGGGGCCGGGCGUGGGAAAGCCGGUGCCAGACGCCGCCCCUGCCGUGGCCACGCCGCCCCUUCUGGAGGUCCCGCCUCUGGCGCCCCAGGUGCCCCCGAGGAGGAAGAAGUCAGCCCCCGCGGCCUUCCACCUGCAGGUUCUGCAGGCCCACAGCCAGCUCCUCCAGGACCUCGCCCGCAGCGGCAGCCUCGGCAGCGACUGCCCCCCCGCGUGCCAGUCUGACGGGGGCACUCUCGUUCCACAGCCAGCAGGCCCCCAGCCUGGCGGCCCCAAGGAGCCGAAACCAGAGGUGGCCUCCCUUCUGGGGGAUUGUCAGGACCCCUUCUGGAGCCUGCUCCACCACCCUAACCUUCUGAAUAACACCUGGCUUUCCAAGAGCUCGGACCCCCUGGACUCGGGGUGCAGGAACCUCAGAAGGACACACACAGCCCCACAGCCAGUUAGCGGCUCCGCUGUGGAGGAGCCGCCCGCAGAGUGCAGGCAAACAGACUCUGAUCCCUGGGCAGCAGUCGGCGACCAGGACAGGACGACGGUGCUGCAGAACGUGGCGAAGACCUGAGUGGGAGCCCGGGACAGCGCUGACCUGCAGAACGUGUGCCUUCCUCCCUAGGCAUCGCUCUACAGAGCAGAGCCCAUUGGCCUCAACCCCGAGUCAGAGAGACAUCUAUUUAAAGGCACACUGAAAAAACAUCUACUUCUGUCCCUCUUGUGUAGUUUACAAACACUGUGUCUUAUUCCAGGAGAUGAUGAUUCAGCCACCGGGAUAUGUUUUAUUCCAGACUUGUGCAUUUCGAGUUUCCUCUCCGGGGUGUGGGAACCCCCCUGAUCGAGUCAGAGUGUGGAUUUUAGAAAAGGGAAUUAGCUGAUAAUGAAUGCCUAAGUUCUCUCCUGUCUAAUUUUAAAUGGUUAUUCAAUUUAUGUGUGUAUGUGGGGUUUUUUUUUUUUUUGGUUUUUUUUUCUGUAUUUUACAGAUUUGGAAUAAUUUUUGGUGCACCACCUGGAGGUUGAUGCAUAAAGAUCACACUGAAAGGUAGUUGGGACCAUUAAGAGCCGUACCUGACCUGCUGACACCAGGUUAAAAGACAUCAGAGAUAGAAACAGCAAAUAGGUCAACCAGAUGACUGGGCUAUCCACUCCGUGUGAGCCUUUGUGUUUAUGUACAUGUGUAUUAACCUUGAUCACGCAGGAGAUGGGUUCUGAAGCACAUACGAUUAGCUUAACCUGAGCUUAAACCGGUUAAAGACUCCCAUGUCCUGUCUCAGACAUGCAUGCCCCAGAAACUGCUCCAGUCCUGAGCCCUGGUGUGCUACUUAAAUGUUUCUGCAUGCUGUCUAGACAUUUUAUUUUAUUUUUCAACUUUUUUUUCUUUCUUGAUGUUAAAGGAAGGGAGGAAAGAGAGAAACAUCGA